UGUUUGUGUUCCCCCUCAGUGUCUGAGGUGUAACUCUGUUCGUGCUGAGCUUCAGGAUGACCCGCUGGGCCCUUCUCGCUCCCCUACUGCUCCUGCUGGGCCUGUACAUCCACAGUGCUGUCAGUCAGGAGGCUGAGGAUUCAACAGAAGCACCGCCACCACCACCACCACAGGGCCAGGCCUCUGAUGGCACACAGGCGGAGGACGAGGACGAAGAGUGGGGAAUGAACUCUAUCAGAGGCAGCUUUGAGGCUGUCGGCAGCUACUUUGACUCGAUGCUGGAGUUCAUGGGCGGACGGGAUGGAGUGUGCCAAUACCGCUGUAGAUAUGGCAAAGCUCCUCUUCCUCGUGCUGGUUUCCAGAUGCCUGAACCUAAUGGAUGUAGCUCCUACUUCUUUGGACUCCCUAUCCCAGAAGGGAUGGACAUGGGCAUCCCUGCCAUGACCAAGUGUUGCAAUCAGCUGGACAUGUGUUACGACACCUGCGGCUCCAACAAGUACCGCUGUGACUCCAAGUUCCGCUGGUGCCUCCACAGCAUCUGCUCUGACCUCAAGAAGAGCCUCGGCUUUGUGUCCAAAGUUGAAACCUGUGAAACAGUAGCAGACACCUUGUUCAACACAGUGUGGACUCUGGGCUGCAGACCCUACAUGAACAGCCAGAGGGCCGCCUGCUACUGCCAAGGAGAGGAGAAAGAUGAACUUUAAAUAAGAUUAAAAUGCAAACCACUCUCCUAUUUAUAAAAUAGUAUCAACUAGAGCAGCGGAUCAGAUGACGGUGCUCUGCGCUAAGACCGACGUGGGACUACUUGAGUAAUUUAUUUGGAAGGUCGUUUUGUUCAAGGCCAUUAUUUUACUUUGCAAGUGAGUUGCGAGACAAGUCUGUAUGUUUGUUUCCAGUGGUGCAUCUAUGCUGGCUGUAGAGCUGGUAUCAGUACCUAUGUAGUUUUCUCAUGACAUGAUUCUGGUAAAAAGGAAAAAUUCCUGUGGCAUUAACUCCACUUUACAAUGUAAAGAAAGCCUAUUGUGCAUCAUUCCUUGAGUCAUGUCAUACUAUGGAUAGUCUACCAUAUGUUAAUAAAUGUUAUUGACACAUA